AUGACCAAAAAUGAUGUGCAAACCGCCCCAGACGUUGCCGAAGGCAUUCUUGAGAGUCAACUUUUGGAUGCACAGGCCGAGAAGCGGGUUCUCAGGAAGGUCGACAAGCAUGUGGUCCCACUGGUAAUGGUACUGUAUCUUCUGUCCUUCAUGGACCGGGUCAAUAUCGGAAAUGCCAGACUCUACGGACUUGAAGCCGACCUUGGUCUGAGCAACAACCAGUACCAAGUCUGCGUCAGUAUCCUUUUUGUCACUUAUGUCAUUUGCGAGCUUCCCAGCAACAUGGUCCUCAAAAAGCUGAAGCCCUCCCGGUGGAUUGCGUUUUUGGCUGUUGCAUGGGGCCUUGUGGCGAUAUUUAUGGGUUUCUGUCAGAACUUUGGAGGUAUGGUUGCCUGCCGCCUUAUCCUGGGCGCAGUCGAAGCAGGGCUCUUCCCCGGCCUUGUAGUCUAUUUGACGCUCUUCUACACCAAGAGUGAGCUUGCGCUGCGCAUGGCCUACCUCUUUGUCAGCGCCGCUCUGGCAGGUGGAUGUGGGGGUCUUUUCGCCUACGCUGUCGGACACAUGGACGGGUUGUGUGGCUAUCGCGGCUGGCGUUGGAUCAUGAUCAUCGAAGGUAUUCCAUCCGUUCUGGCUGGUAUCGCAUGUUGGUUCUUGAUGGCGGACGAUCCGGAACACUGUUCCUACCUGAACGAACACGAUCGAAGCAUCCUCAUCGCCAAGCGCAAUAGACAACCCGGCUUCUCGACUUCUGGACUGGAAAUGCAUCAGAAGGAUAUCAUUGCCGCAUUAAAAGACUGGAAGAUCUGGGCAAUGUCCCUUGCACACUUUGGAGGAGACACAAUGCUGUGGGGCUACUCUUCGUUCCUUCCCACCAUCAUCAAAUCUCUUGGUACAUGGACGCCGGCCCAGGUGCAAGCUUUGACCAUUCCAUGUUAUGCUGCCGGGUCGAUCUCGUACCUGGUCGUGGCGUACCUGAGCGACAGGACGCAGAGACGCUCCAUCUUUGCAGUUGGCGCCUGCUUGACUUCCAUUCUCGGAUAUGCGCUUUUGCUGAGUCCCGUGGCAGAGGGUGUACACUAUUUUGGGUGCGUCCUGGUCGCACUCGGCCGCUACUCGGUGGUUGGUAUCCCGAUCUCCUGGCUACCCAUGAACUAUCCUCGCUACGGAACCAAGGUCACUGCGAGCGGUCUCCAGAUGACGAUGGGCAAUGCAGCUGGAAUAUCUGCGCCAUUUCUGUUCCAAACCAGAGAUGGUCCCCGAUUCUACGCGGGCUUUGCGACUACACUGGGUCUCUUGGUCUGGGCAGGGACUAUUUACUCGACCAUGGGAUUUGUCUUUCACAGGAUCAACGAGAAGAGGGAUGCCGCUGGCGAGCCAUCGGAGGGUAUGACGGCAGAUGAACUGGCAGGACUUGGUGACAAAAGUCCAUAUUUCCGGUACACCAUAUAA